AUGCAGGGCGAAAUGAUUUUUAAGCAUUUUGGUGUGAUUCCUGACGAUUUUGAUGUUCCCGGAUGUCACUGUGGAGAACCAUUGUAUCGUGUCGCAGAUGCAACAAGGAAACUUGGUUACUGGUUUAAGUGUUCCAACGGUCACAGAUUAAACCGGACUAAAAAUACAUUUUUAGAAUAUGUCCAUACAGCUGGAGAGUUAGGUUGUAAUAAAAUAAUCCAAAUGAUUUAUUUGUGGGUGGCUAAAGCCAAUACAACCACAAUUCAACAAGAAGUUAAAGUGUCUACAGAAACGGUGGUAGCCUACACUGAAUACUUCAGAGAUGUUGCUUUAAAAAUAGCAUACCACGAUUUUGAGCAAAUCAGCGGUAGUAACGAUAUCGUAGAAAUCGACGAAACGCAUUUAUUUCGGGCAAAAUAUAAUGUAGGCCGGCUAAUGGCGUGGAGUGCUGUUUGGUUGUUUGGUAUGAAUUUUAUUGUUUUACUAAAAUAUAAUUUAUUACAGUAA